GAGCGAUGACGCUUCAGCCCUAACGCUUUAUUUUAGCUCCGGCAUUUUUCCUGCUCGCUUUACAUUUUUACCCCCGAUGUAGCUUAUAACACACCUUUUGUUUUCUUACCCUAGCUAUUUUCAUACCAUCUGAUCCCGGAGAUUAAUCGCCCUUUUCCCCUCCAUAUUUUCCGCCUCUCCAUGCCGCUUCCCCCGCUGCCUUUACUGCAUUUUAGAUGUAUUUUGUGUCCCUUGUUUCCUCCAGUAACCCAUGUCUGUGUGCAUCCCGCCUCCCUGCGCUCUCAAUAGAUGGUGCAAGUCAAAAUGUCCAAAUCGCCCGUAGACCCACUGUCUGCUGUGGAAACAGGCUCUCAAUCGCACUAUUUUCAGCUGCCCAGGAAGUUGCCUAAACGCAAGAGCCGCUUCAAACGCUCAGAUGGCAGUACGUCUUCUGACACAACAUCCAGCUUCAUCAAACGGCAGGGGUCGGCUGAUUCGUACACCAGUAGACCGUCGGAUUCAGACCUGUCAGCAGAGGAGGACCGCGAGGCGUAUCGGCGUGAAGCCGAGCGCCAGGCACAGCUGCAGCUCGACAGAGCUAAGUCCAAACCUGUAGCGUUUGCAGUAAAGACGAAUGUGAGUUACUGCGGGGCUCUGGAUGAGGACUGUCCUGUCCAAGGAGCUGCAGUCAAUUUCGAUGCCAAAGACUUCCUGCACAUCAAAGAAAAAUAUAAUAAUGACUGGUGGAUCGGCCGGCUAGUGAAAGAGGGGGCCGACAUCACCUUCAUUCCCAGCCCUCUACGACUGGAGGCGAUGAGACUCAAGCAGGAGCAGAAACAAAGGAAAACAGGGGGCAACUCCUCCAGUUUAGGGGACAUGGUGACUGGGAGUUGGAGGACCACACCGCCAUCUGCAGGUGAAUCCAAACAGAAGCAAAAACAGGAACAUGUCCCUCCCUACGACGUGGUGCCCUCUAUGAGGCCGGUGGUCCUCGUGGGACCAUCGUUGAAGGGCUACGAGGUGACGGACAUGAUGCAGAAAGCUCUUUUUGACUUCCUGAAACACAGAUUUGAGGGAAGAAUCUCAAUCACCCGUGUAACUGCCGACCUCUCUUUAGCCAAGAGAUCUGUCCUCAACAAAAGACCCAUCAUGGAGAGAUCCAACACUCGCUCCAGCCUAGCGGAGGUUCAGAGUGAGAUUGAACGGAUAUUUGAGCUCGCCAAAACCCUGCAGCUGGUGAUUCUGGACGCAGACACCAUCAACCAUCCCGCACAGCUCGCCAAAACCUCCCUCGCUCCCAUCAUCGUCUACGUGAAAGUUUCCUCACCAAAGGUGCUCCAGAGGCUGGUCAAAUCCAGGGGGAAGUCUCAGAGCAAGCACCUGAACGUGCAGAUGAUGGCUGCAGACAAACUCUCUCAGUGCCCCCCUGAUAUGUUUGAUGUCAUUUUGGAUGAGAACCAGCUGGAAGAUGCAUGUGAGCAUUUGGCUGAAUACCUGGAGAUCUACUGGCGCGCCACUCACCUGCCAGGAAACACCCCUCUGAACCCGCUACUGGAGCAGAGUCUGAUGACCCCGCCUUCUGCCAUCUCCAGCCUGCAGAACCAGAACAAGAACCAGCCGCAGCCUCGUGAGGCGGUGGGCUUGGAGGGCGAGGAGGAGGAGGAGGAGGAGGCAGGUGAGGAGGCCCACUCCCCCCUGGAGCAGGACAGUCUCAUGCCGUCUGACGAGGCCAGCGACUCCCUGUCUCGCGGCCGGAGGGGGAGCCCGUGCCACAGGGGGGGUGAGGAGGACGAGGAGGAGGAGGAGGAAGAAGAAGAAGAAGAAGAGGAGGAGGAAGAGGAGGAGGAUGAGUACGCCUCCCCCUGCCAUGCUCGCACAUACAGGGACAUGUACCCCCCUCACCGUGGGCACACUGGCAGCGCCCACAGUGCCAACGGGCACGAGUCACAGGACAGGCUGCUCCAACGAGAAGCUCAGCAAGGUCACAACCAGAGGAACAACCGCCAGCGCAGCCGCCCCUGGCCCCGAGACACCUACUGAGGAACAAGCCCCGCCCCCCUCGCUCCUGGCCUCCACAUCAGCACCCCGAGCCCUCCGACUGUCCCCACACAAUUUAAAAGGUUGAAAAAAAAACGUGCCCCUCAAUCAGCUCCAAAUCAGAAACAGAUGCCCAGUUUAUGAAGUAGAAAACUUUAGCUCUAUUUUUGAAGUAUUUCAAGUUGCUCUCUUCCAGACUCCCAGUUUUAAUUUCUCUUUCGGUGACGCGCUGACCUCUCCAGGGUCCUGUCGUUCAGAUUAAAGUCAACAGGGCUACUCACCUCUGCAAUGGAAAGGUUUCAGGCUACCAGCUGUACGCAAACUCAAACUUUAGCUGCUUUGCCUAAGGUUUCUCUAUUGUAGGAUGUCUCAUAUACUGGCCUUAAAAUUCCUAAGACUUUUAACUAUCUUUACUAUUGCAUGUAUGAGUAUAAUUAUUUUAAGACUAUUUGCACAUUGACGUCAGAACAGGAAGUGAAUGAUCUUUACGGAUAAACUAAUGUAGGAAUGUAUACUGUUGAAUCCAUUUAUGGGAAAUAGUAAUGCAUUUGAUUACAAUGUAUAUACUGAAUGGGCACCUGGUUUUGUUUCAUUGCUACUAUAUUUGUUUGAUUUUGUUAAUAUGGACUUGUUUGUUGUUUCAGAGAAAUGUUGCCACCCAUGUGUUCAGUCAGUUUUUACUCUGAAGACGGUGAAUGGUACGGAAGCCCGAGAGAGGAAAGUGAGAAAAAAACAUCUUCAUUUUCUACGUCUGAGCUGAACUGUUUUCUUUCCUGUGCACAAAAAAAAAAAAAUUGCCAGGAUAUUUUUUCCAAAUUCUUUUUUUUCCAAUGGUGAAAAUAUUUGUGAAAAAACAAUUGUGGGAAAAGGUUUUAAUCUGAAUAAAAAUGUUUUAAUUAAAUAACAAAUAAUACAUAUUUAAUAUUUUCCAACUACAAAAAAAUAACUGGCUGUUAGUGGGCGUGGACAGGCUGACUGGCGGUGUUUCAUGAUGUCAAACAGUAAUGGUGCACACUAUACUUUAGUUUACUAAACUUUUUUACAGAAGAGUUGUUAAAGUUGUAUAUCAGCUGAAAUGAAAUGUCUUUCUUCCUUGGCGGAGGGCGGAUUCAAAGUCAGAACCUGCGAGGUACAGCUUGUUUCGCUAUCAGAAUUCUGAUGCAUUCGGUCCAAUAACUUUCUUGUUCAGCCCAGGCGUUGUUAAAAAAAAAAAUUCAGAAGUGCACGACCAAAUUCUGCGAAAACUUCUGCAGCCUUGGUGCUCAACGCAAAAGCAGGAUGGCGUCAUUUCUGCACACUAGGGACACUACGGCAACCAUAAACUUAGCUUUAGAAAAGUUAUCUAUAUGAAGAUUCAACUUCAAAAACUUUUUUUGCCUGUUUCCCACAUGAAAAAAGGAGGAACUUAACCCUGACUCUUUUGCCAACUGUUAUAAACGUCAUAAACCUACAAAAAAAACUAUUUAGAAUUUAAAAAAAUAUAUAUAUAUCACCAGGUUUUUUUUUUCACACUUUCCUCGCCGGGCUUCUGUAGAAUGGAGACACACACACACAGUGAAUGGGACUGAGUCUGUGAACAGUCACAACGUCAGUAAGCGGUAUGAAGCUGCAGUACAGCGUCAGUGUCACCUUCAGUACAGUGCGUUCUGGGCAUCACUCGUCUUUGCUGUUGCACAAUCACUCUCUUAACACCUCUACAGUAAGAAAAAAAAGUCUAAAAAUGGGCACAGAGAAUGUAAACACAACUAAGAAAAGGGAAUGUUAUCUUUUAAAGGUUGAAUGAUUUGCCAAACUUGCUUGUUUACAUUGAAUCAUCCACAUAUUAUCAAGCACACGCUGCACACGCUGCAGCUCCUCUUCAAGUCUUCGGAGAAUGUACGCUUGCAUGCCUUUUUGCACCUCCAGCACCGCCCGGUGUCUCCAAAACCCAACCGAUCGCCCUGUAAUUCGAUUGUAGCACGUUAUUGAUUGUAGCAUCCACAGUUUCUACACGUCCCCCUUGUAUGUCUUUGCCAAACAUUGUACUGCAGUUUGAUUAUCAAAGCAGAUCCUCAGGUGUUAAGUCCUGCACACUCAUCACGCUCAACUCCACGAAUGUGUCGUGCUCCUGAAGGACUCGUAGCACCCGUGACACGAUGUCAUUCUGUUCCUGCGCCAUUAUUAGUCCAUGAGCCGAUGAAGAGUUGGACGUGAUGCUGACGAGCAGCGGCGACCCGCUUCACGAAACAAAAGAGGGUCGCUGCUGUUAUUAACAGCCGGCUUUAGGAAAUUACUGGUUUACUGCUUCCAUGUCUCUCACAGGUAUCUCUAUCUAGUGUUCUGUAUAUUUUGAAGACAAAAAAAAAUCAGCAUGAUUGAAAAAAAAAUCUAUGCAAGUGUUGCAUGAAAUCUGAUUGUUUCUUUUUACAGUUAAGUAUUUCAGUAAUGCAUUGAUUCUGAUUCUCCUCGUUGUCUUGUAGUGAUAGUCUUGUCUUUGGGGCUACUCACUCCUCACACCUCUAACAACACUAUUACUAAAAAAAAAAAAAAAGAAUCACUUUAUUUAUCCACAAACAUUAAACACUGGGGACAUUCAAUAUUGGGUGGACACUGGUUGACGCACUUUUAAAAGUCACUCACUUAAAAAUUGUCCCAGAUCAGGCCUAUGAUUUCUUUUAAUUUGUGAUGAAAAUGAAUGAGUGAAAUAUUAUUAAAGCCCUGCAUGUUCUUAGUUCACCAAUUAGCUAUUUUCAUUAUAUUUUGGCAGAGUAUGUUUUUCAAAGCGGACCAAUUUAGCAACUGAUAAAGCAGUUGAGGUUUUUCAAUUUAUGAAGCACAAUUUUUACUAAGGGUUAUAAUUUAAUUUCCUCUGUCUUAUUCUGUAUGCAAUACUAAGCCUAACAUUGAAAAACUUUAAACGCCUUAGACCAUCUGGACUUCCUCUUUUUGUGUGAGUAGAUAUUUAAAAAAAAUUGCACUACUUUUUUUUGGGAUGGUUGCUUUGUAAUGCAAUAACUGCACUAAAUAUAACCGUGUAUCCACCAGACUACCACAGCGUGCUAGCGUGACCCAACACGCCUCUUCCCUCUACUUAUCAAAAGAGACAGCAAAUGUGUAAAAAGUGAGACAUUUCCUGCCUGAUGCUGUAUAGAAUGCUUUCUAUUUGAAAAUAGAUUUACAAUGCUAACUAAAAUAUGACUUAAAACAAAAUAAACAUGACAUUUUAUGUACUUUUAA